UUCCUCCGUAGGGCAGGCGCGGCCCCUUCGGCUCCGAGCUGAUCCUGCUCAGGGCCGGGUCGUCUCGGCGGCGCUGCCAAGACCUCCACCCAGGACAGCCCCCACCUCCCCGGGCCUCCCUCCUCUUGCCUACGAGUCCCCUCUCCUCGUAGGCCUCUUGGAUCUGAUAUCGUGGAGUGAGGUGAGCAGGCCCGGGGAGGGUGGUUACCGCUGAGGAGCUGCAGUCGCUGUCAAGAUGAUAGAGGUACUGACAACAACUGACUCUCAGAAACUGCUACACCAGCUGAAUGCCCUGUUGGAACAGGAGUCUAGAUGUCAGCCAAAGGUCUGUGGUUUGAGACUAAUUGAGUCUGCACACGAUAAUGGCCUCAGAAUGACUGCAAGACUAAGGGACUUUGAAGUAAAAGAUCUUCUUAGUCUAACUCAGUUCUUUGGCUUCGACACAGAGACAUUUUCUCUAGCUGUGAAUUUACUGGACAGAUUCCUGUCUAAAAUGAAGGUACAGCCGAAGCACCUUGGGUGUGUUGGACUGAGCUGCUUCUAUUUGGCUGUAAAAUCAAUAGAAGAGGAAAGGAAUGUCCCUUUGGCAACUGACUUGAUCCGAAUAAGUCAAUAUAGAUUUACGGUUUCCGACUUGAUGAGAAUGGAAAAGAUUGUAUUGGAGAAGGUGUGUUGGAAAGUCAAAGCUACUACUGCCUUUCAAUUUCUGCAGCUGUAUUAUUCACUCCUUCAAGAGAACUUGCCACUUGAAAGGAGAAAUAGCAUUAAUUUUGAAAGACUAGAAGCUCAACUUAAGGCAUGUCAUUGCAGGAUCAUAUUUUCUAAAGCAAAGCCUUCUGUGUUGGCAUUGUCUAUCAUCGCAUUAGAGAUCCAAGCACAGAAGUGUGUAGAGUUAACAGAAGGAAUAGAAUGUCUUCAGAAACAUUCCAAGAUAAAUGGCAGAGAUUUGACCUUCUGGCAAGAGCUUGUAUCCAAGUGUUUAACUGAAUAUUCAUCAAAUAAGUGUUCCAAACCAAAUGUUCAGAAGUUGAAAUGGAUUGUUUCCGGGCGUACUGCACGGCAAUUGAAGCAUAGCUACUACAGAAUAACUCACCUUCCAACAAUUCCUGAAAUGGUCCCUUAACUGGUAAAUUUGGUCCAUUAUUAUUCUCCAGAUAGAGAACGUUUUCCAAUGCCAUAAUUUUCAACUAAAGAAGAGUAAUUAUCUUCAAAAUAAACAAAAUGGAGUUGGAAUAGUAAAGGGGGAGAUGACAUCACUGAUCUAGUCAGCUAAUAUUUGAAGGCCUUUACUAUAUACAAGGUACAACAUCUUAGGAGUAAGGAAUUAUCCAACCUCUGAUACAUACGUUAGCCAUUUCAUUAAAUUUUCAGCUUAGAGAACAGCAUCCUCCUUGUAGCACUAAAAUCAUGCUUUUUUUUAAUUGCACAUGAUCUUGCUGUAUGUAUCUGACUCAUUUAAAAUUACGUAAGCUGGGCAGGACAACAGCACCAGAAGUCUGAACCAAGUAUGAACUAAUUUGAGACUGUUAGCUUAUAAGUAAAAUCAAUAUGAACUUCGAUAUUGUACUUAAAAGAAAAAAGUAGGCCAGGCGCGGUGGCUCACGCCUGUAAUCCCAGCACUUUGGGAGGCCAAGGCGGGCGGAUCACGAAGUCAGGAAAUCGAGACCAUCCUGGCUAACACGAUGAAACCCCAUCUCUACUAAAAAAUACAAAAAAAGUUAGCCAGGCUCUGUGGCAGGCACCUGUAGUCCCAGCUACUCGGGAGGCUGAGGCAGCAGAAUGGCGGGAACCCGGGAGGUGGAGUUUGCAGUGAGCCAAGAUUGCGCCACUGCACUCCAGCCUGGGCAACAGAGCAAGACUCUGCCACAAAAAAAAAAAAAAAAAAAGAAAGUAGGAUAUGAUAGAUGGUCUCUGCAUUGGGUAUCUGGAAACUGCCAGAGUGUGUCAACACUAUAGUAACCUAUCAUUGCUAUAGCAGCUGGACUACUGAAAAGUAGUUAUAUGCAUAAAAAAUGUAAACUUGCUUUCUGCAUAUGUGAUAUACAUUCUUGCCAUCUAAAUUUCCUAACUCAGUGAUGAUUUAUUCUACUCAAAACUAAAUGUUAACAUUUAAUACAUCUACAUAUGAUUAUGAAUAUUAGACACGAACAUUUCAAUUUUCUUAGUAGUAUUUAGGCAGACUGGCUUCUGUUAAGUUGGAUUUUGUUUUCUUUAUUUAAAUAGGAUUAUUACAGCACCAAAAAACUUCUCUGAAGCCUUUCUCCACAACCUUGUUCUAUGGAUUCCAUAAUGUUACAAUGGAUUUAAGCUAUGAAGCCUCAAAACAUCACGAGAUAAGCAUGAUGGUCUCAGACUUGAGAAAACUGCCUAAUAUUAUGCUGUAGUGGAAUUGUGUUUAGAUUUGAAUUCAUCUGUGAAGCAUUCAAAUCAAAGCUAAAAGCCUAAAUGUGAAAUGCUAAUGACAAGCCUGAGAAGGUAAACUGUGAAUCUUCAUUUCUAUCAUUGAUCUAACUUUAGAUAUUGGAUCAAUAUAUUUAGGUGGUAUUGAAAAUGCUAUUGGAGGAGUCACACUAUUACUAUCAACUAUCAGUCUUCCCACAGCUUCAAUCACUCUCAUUAUUCUAAUCCUACUCCUACUUAAAUAUUAAAUUUUAAGUUAUGAGGUUUAUAUCAAAAGCAACAUGUCACAAAUGUACUUUUAAGGCAUAAUAAGGGUUAACAUCCUAGGCAGUAUAAACACACCCCAUAAUGCAGGUAAUAGGUAAUCUAGAGAUGUGGACUUUAUUGCUAUAUGGGAAUUACAUUUAAAUUUGAGGGCAUUUUAUAUGAAGACAUACAGACCUAUAAAGUUUGGCAUAUUCAUUAAGUUAUCUUUUAAUAUUUUUUUCUAGAAAACAGGUGACAUUUGUAUCUACGAUAAAAAUUUUUAUACAGAACCUACUGCCUCAAACUGAAUCCCAUCAAGAAAACUAGUUUCUAUUGUAUUAGUAACUCAAAAUAAAUUAUCACUUCGAAAACUUGCUUUCCCACACUAAGGUAAGUUCAGGCUAGAUUCAACACUCCAGAAGUUUUUUUUUACUAAAGACUGUUUUUAAGUUAGAAGUGAUGGCAAUUUUAUAAAUAGAGAAUAUACUUCCACUGAUGCCCUUACUGUGCCAAAACAAAAAUCUUAAGAAAAGCAAGUAGACACCUUCAUAACUAUGAAUGAAGCUGCUGAGGUGUAGUCUUUAGGAUCCUCCAUGUCAGUUAGUGAGUUAGUGAAUGUAAGAAGUACAGUUACUCGGUGCAAUGUAUAGCCUGAGUCCAUCCAUGAUGGCUAUAACCAAUUUGACAUCACGUUAUGGAUCAAUACGCAAUGAAAAACCAAAGAACCACAGUAUAUCUUAUUCUUAACUUUUGUAAACCAUGUUUUAUGGGUAACUUUUUAGUUUUCCCAAAAGGCUGAUAAAUUUCAAUAUUUUGAAUACAUCAUUGUUAAUUCUGAGUUGGCAGAGGUAAAGUAACCAACUACAUUAUGUUUUAGUACUAAGGGAUAUACCUUUCAAUAAAGUUAAUGAAAUUCAA